AUGGCCUUUCCACACACGAUCCCCCGCUCCCCCUUCGCCUUCGUCCUCCACCUGGUCGCGUUCGCCUCCAUCUCCUGGUCCUUCAAUGAGCUGUGGAAGCCGUCGCCGAUGAGUGACUUCAUGGACUCCAGCUACGGAGGGCACUGGCAGUACUUGACCAUCCUCUCCCUCGCAAUCGCCUGGCUCACGUUCCUCUUCUCGCUCCUCUACGACAUCCUCCCUCUCUCGGUCUUCGCAAGGCUCAAGACGUCGGUCGCCGUCCUCGCCGUCCCGGUCGAGGGUCUCGUCGGCCUGCUGUACUGGACAUUGACGGUCGUCAACCCGGCAUUGCUCAACCCUUCGCUGGGCGAGGGGAAGGAGCCAUUCCGCAUCCCCUUCUGGCUUGACGUCAGCCUGCACGGACUCCCAGCGGUCUUCCUCUGGCUCGACUUCCUCCUCUUCUCUCCGCCGUUCCCCACCCGCGCUCGUCCUGCCCUCCUCUCGUCCCUCGCAGCAGCAGCCUACGUCUUCUGGCUCGAGCACGCCGCGGCCAAGAACGGGCGCUACGCGUACCCUAUGCUCGACGAGUGGACGCCGGUCCAGCGCUCCGUCUUCUACGUCAUGCAGAUCCCAGUCCUCAUUGCGCUGUACAAGCUGGCAAACGGAAUUCACCGGCUUGUGAGGGGCGAACCGGACGUCCGCAACGAGGCCAAGCACGUCGAGCGUGCGGAGCGAAAGGUCGGCGCGAAGAAAGGUCAGUAG